AGCUUCUUUGAACUGCAUGGACUAAGCAUUCCUGAUGGGUGGCUGAAGAAGAAUAACUCUGGACAGCGACUCUUGUCAAAGCUCACCGCUUCAGGAUUCUUUUAGGCCUGAAAUAAUGGGCUGAUAGUCCCCAAACUAUGCUUGCUUGCCUUAGAAACUAAACUCUGAAGAGUGAAGGAUGGAUAUAUGUAAUUACAGCCUACUUGACACCAAUAUUUCUGUUUUCCUGUGCGAGCUAGGCUUGGAAAAUGACACCAUUGACUCCACGAAUCACUCUCAGCCUAAAGACCAAGCCGUUCGGAUUCUUCUCUAUUCUCUGAUAUUUCUGCUCAGUGUCUUGGGCAACACGCUGGUGAUCGCCGUGCUGAUCCGGAACAAGAGGAUGAGAACGGUGACCAACAUAUUCCUGCUGUCGUUGGCCAUCAGUGAUCUCAUGCUGUGCUUCUUCUGCAUGCCCUUCACGCUCAUUCCCAACCUCCUGAAAGAUUUCAUUUUUGGCCUUGCUUUCUGCAAACUUAGCAGCUACUUCAUGGGUGUCUCAGUCAGUGUUUCGACCUUCAGCCUGGUUGCAAUAUCCUUGGAGAGAUACGGCGCUAUUUGCAAGCCACUGCAGUCUCGGGUUUGGCAGACAAAAUCGCACGCUUUGAAGGUGAUCGCCGCAACCUGGUGCCUCUCCUUUGCCAUCAUGACGCCGUAUCCGAUUUACAGCAAUCUGAAACCGUUUGUAACACUCUACAACAGCACAGCGAAUAAGUGUCGCCUGGACUGGCCAAGCCGAGUGGUAGAGCAAUCUUGGUACAUCUUCCUGCUCCUUAUCCUUUUCCUUAUCCCAGGGGUCGUAAUGAUCAUUGCGUAUGGCUUAAUCUCCUUGGAGCUCUACCAAGGGAUCAGAUUUGAUGUCAGUCAGAGGAAGUAUUCACGAGAAAGGAAAACCAGCACCAGCAGCAAAUUUGAAGACAGCGACGGAUGCUAUCUGCAGAAAAGCAAGAAGAAGAAAAAGAUGCCCCUUCAACAGUUUCCGUCAAGUAGGAGCAUCGCCAAAAUUGACCGGCCUCGAAGCAAUUGCUCCACCGCUAACUUGAUGGCCAAGAAGCUGGUCAUCCGAAUGCUGAUAGUGAUAGUGAUCUUGUUUUUCAUUUGCUGGACACCAGUGUUCAGCGUCAACACCUGGCGUGCAUUCGACAGUGCGUCGGCGGAACUGCUUCUCACGGGAGCUCCCAUCUCCUUCAUACACUUGCUCUCUUACACCUCCGCUUGUGUGAAUCCCAUUAUCUACUGCUUCAUGAACAAACGCUUCCGCAUGGGUUUUCUGGCGACGUUUACCUGCUGUGCCAAGCAAAAGCUUCCAGUGGCCAGAGCAGAGAUGGCGGAGGAGGAGGAAGGCAGAACCACAGGAGCAACGCUUUCCAGGUACUCUUACACCCACAUGAAUGCAUCUGCUCCUCCGUGAACAUGCCCAAGGGGGGGAAAUCGAUUAUUUUAUCUCCUUCUGUGGUCUUGACUUAUUUUUAAACCAUCUACCAUGUCUUUGUAUGAACAUGCUUCAGCGAAGUGUAGGAGAAGAAUAAUUUGCCAAAGGUCUCCCAUCAGUCGGCAACACUUUUCGGCUUUGGGUCUCAUAAAUAGAUAGAAGUUACCUCAGGUAGAAAAGGUCAGUGACGAUAGCCCUAGGGGCACAUUGGAGAGGCUGAGAAACCGUCAUGGGCACCACCA